AUGCCCCCACCUGUACCCACCUCCUCUGACUUCCCUAGUUUACCACCUCGUGAUCGUGGGCCCCUUUCAACCUCAGCCACCCCCUCGCGCAUUAGGAAGCCUCAAUCCUCCCCACUGCACAUACCUCUGACAUCACCUGCUCAACCGUCCAGCAAUUCAACUACCACGCCCAUAGUCGUGUCCUCCAAGUCCCCUCCCCCCAAAUCUAUUUCUGCGUGCCCUUUGCCUGUGUGGAAAACUCCCCCAUCACCUGUCCGAACCUUCUCUGAAGUUGUUUCAAAACGUAAGCAACUAACACCCGAAUCAAACGAAAACAAUACUACUCUUACUACACUGAAGGCCCCCUCUCCUCUUCGGAAAGUGGCCAGGAAAGCUCCCUCCUCCCAAACCGAAACCGUAGACUCUCCAACCCUAACACAAGUCCUUGACUCCCAAACCCCCAAUAUCCCUCCUACCCCAUCCUCCACAGUUGGAGAUUCAUCUACAGACACUGACUCCAUGACUUGGGAAGAUGCCCAAACGGAUGAAGAUAUCCCGAAGGAAGAUGCACUCCCAUUGACUCAAGGCCCCCUCUCCCAAGGCCAAAUUGUGAAAUUUCUAUCAAACGUGAAAGGGCGGAAAAAGCCUGCCCACAUUGCACGGAAAUAUACAUCAAAUAUUCCAGGGCUAGUUAAACAAUUAAAGCCCCUGAAAAACAGCCCCCUAGUAAAACGUAACAUGCAGCAGAGGAUAUACAAAUUGAUCAGCACUCUGGAGAGCUAA